GCGUCUUCGGCCGCUAUGGCGGAUGUGGCCCGCGCUACCUCGACCAUUUCCAGCGGCGGCCUGGUGCGUGUUCCUACUUCCAGCUCCGGCUUGGGUGGGCUGGAUCAGGGGCCGCAUGUGAUGUUGCUGCAAGAGCGCAGGCUGAAGGGGCCGAAUCGGCUCCUCUCGGCCAAGCGCUCGGCAGCGCAAGUUGGGCUCAAUCCUGUCAUGCGAGCCGCGGAAAGCACGGGGCAGGAGGCGCUGCAAUCCUCCAGCUGCGUUGCAGUGUUUGGGUCGCUGCCGAUGGCUGAAGGGCAACCCGCCUUCGGAAUGAGCCUCCCGAGCAGUCGUUGCCAGGUUGCGGUAGUCAAUUCUGGCCUCGGCGUGCCGCUGUAUUUCGCGAGCGUCUACCAGACCGCGAAGACAGGCCAGGCAGGGCCCAAUAUCACCUUCCUCGCUGACCUUCUCGCUGGGCUAGCGGGGUUGACGAUCCCGCGGGUUGGCGGAGGCGACUGGAAGCUCGAGACCUCCGAGGUCCAGGAGUGGGCCCGCACGGCCCAUGGAGUGGUGGUCGUCCCGGCAGCCCCGACGCGUGGGCCGCGAGUCUGCGACUUCUCCGUGUGCUCGCGCGUGCUGCCGGGCUGUCCUGAGGACGCGGGGGUAAUCUCAGGAUCGCUCAUCUGCGCGCGCGUGCCUGUCCGCCUGCGGUGGCAGGGCCUCCACUCCCAGACGGAG